AUUUUCCCAUUACCCAAUUGAAUUUUUGAAGCCCUAAUUUAUCAGUGAAAUCAGUGGAGCAAAAAGGGAUUUCUUUUUUUUAGUUUUUUAGUUUCAAUAGCUAAGUAGAGGAACCCCAUUUGGUUGAAAUUCAAGAAUCUGCUGUUGAAAGGGGUAAACAUAUUCAUUGAACCAUACGCGGAGCUAGGAUUUUCACUUAGGGGUUGAAAAUAUGAAUAAGUAACCAAUGGAAGAAGACGAAACAGUGUUUGUAGUUUUGAAGAUUGUUACCUUUUUUUGGCUCUGUGGUCAUGUACACUACUACAUGAUGGGAACUGAAGAUAAGACACUGUUUUGUUUCUGUCAUUGGGGUGGGAAGAAUAAGGUGCUUCCAGAUGGAUCCACUUCGUAUGUAGGAGGAAUUACGGAUCAGAUUAUUGUGAAGACAGGCAUAAAGUACAAUGAUUUUGUGAAUGCAGUCUUUGACCGAUUAGGCAUUGAUCCUUCAGAUAAGGUCCUGCAGUUUACAGUGAAGUUUGAUAGGGCCCAAUUGAUACGGCUGAGAGACCAAGAAGGUGUCAAUACUCUGUUACAAUUUAAUGAUGGUUUUGCCCAUGUUUAUGCAUCAAGUUCGGAGAAGGAGCCUAAUUCUGAAGUUGCUCCUAAUAUGGCUACCACUAGGAUUUCAACCACUGAGGUUGAAGCGGUUUCUCUUGGAAGUGCAGAGGAAGAACAAGUGAGUGCUGAUACACCGAUUCCUGCAACGUCGAACCAAUGGAUCACUGAUGGAACUCCAGAUGCUGCUGCCAACUGGAGUGAAUUACUUGUCGGGGAAGGACAAGCUUUUGAAAAUGCAGAUGCUUUUCGGCUUGCAGUUUUCAAGUUCUCGAUUGCGAAUAGAUUUCACUACAGAAUUCUGCACAAUAAACCUAGAUAUAUUAGCAUCCAUUGUGCUGCUGAUGGCUGCCCUUGGAAAGUAAGUGCUGGCGUCGAGAAGAAAUCUCAAAAUGUAUCCAUUAGGAAAUUUGUUGAUUCUCAUUCACAUCCUCCUCUAGAUUCAUCGCAACUGAAACCUCGUAUCAGGAUGAAGUGGUUGGGGGGAAUCAUGCAAGAAGACAUAUUGGGCAGUCCUGAUUGUUUGCCUCGUAAAGUGUGUGAGGAUGCUGAGAAGAAUUUGGCUAUCAAAUUGACCUACCGUCAGGCUUGGAGUGUGAAGCAGAGGAUUAGGGAGGCAAUCAAUGAGAAGUCAGGUGAAUCCUAUAAACUGAUUCCUUGGCUAUGCAAUCGCUUAGUUGAGGCAAUGCCUGGAACUAUUGCUACAUGGUCCUGCACCGAAGAAAACAGAUUCAAGAGGCUCUUUGUGUCAUAUGACUGCUCAAUACGUGGGUUCGAUGUUGGAUGCAGGCCUUUGAUAUUUGUUGAUGUUUACAACUUGAAUGAGCUGCACAACAGCUCCUUUAUAGUUGCUUCUGCUUUGGAUGCGGACAAUGAGAUGUAUCCUCUAUCUUAUGGCAUUCUCCUAUCCAUGAAUGAGGAAGAUCUUAUGUGGUUUCUAGAAAAGCUAAAGCUCGUUUUGCAAAACCGCGAGGUCGUCGUAGUGUCUGGCACGAGUCUCCCUUUUCUCUCCAGCUUGGACAAAAUGUUUGGUGAUGAAAACCACAGUUUUUGUUUUCAUUGCGUGAAAGAGAAUUUUAAUAACUUCAUCGAUGGUAAUACUGCCUUUAAAGUGCAGGGUAGAGGUAAGGAGAUUGCACUUAAGUACUUGAGUGACAUUGCCUAUGCACGAACACUAGAUAGUUAUAAUGAGGCCCUAGGCAAGAUCUGUUCUUUUCGCAGGGAAUUGUAUGAUUGGGUAAUAGCCAGCCAGCCAGAACGUUGGUCAAAUGCCUUGUUUAGGAAACCUCGGUGGGAUCAUCUGAAUUGUAAAUCUACAGAUUCUCUGAACUCUUUUAUAGAGGAAGAGAAGUUUGUACAUGUCCUGGAGUUGAUGGAGGCUUAUCAUGAGAAGCUUUAUAUGUUAUUACAGAGUAACAAGCUCAAGAUCGAACAAUGGAACCUUCCAAUUGGUCCUCGGGUUGCUGAGAAGAUCUUUGAAAACCAAAAAGCCGGUGAUAACCUAGCAGUGACGGUUCUAUCAGAUGUUGAGUUUAAAUUGCAGGAACUGCAGGGUAGAGAAGAAGUUGUAAACCUCAAACUCUGGACAUGUACAUGUUUAGAGUGGCAAAUGACUGGCAUUCCAUGCAGCCAUGCUUGCAACGCGAUUACUAUGACCAGUAUGAACAUCUAUCAGUACGUUGCGGAUUGGUACAAGAGGGAGACACAACAACAUAUAUAUGCUGAAGUUAUGGAUGAACUCGCGAAAUUUGACAUACCACAUCCAGAUGACAUCAUUUCUUCAGCUUCCUCAGGUAAUGACGUCGUUCUAUGUCCACUUUCACCCCAUAUUAAAAGACCUCCUGGUCGUCCCCGGAAAGAACCCAAAGGACUUCAAGUUGAAACUGUAAAGAGACCUAUACGUUGCUCCAAAUGUGGCGGCGUUGGACAUAAUAAACGUAGCAAAUGUAGCUCUGCAGCACAGUAAAUUACUGUUCAAGAUAUCAACUACUGUAUCAGUGUACUAUGAGACAUAUUUUGAGUGUUGGCAGUACUUUGCAGUUAGAAUUUUGAGUCCACCUGUUUGAGCUUGCUCAUAUUGUCGAUCCCAAGCCUGAGGUUGUAAUAGGCUGCUAGCCACAGUAAAACUAGUCAAUGUAUGAUGAAUUUUCGCGAUACAGAAUAUAUAUUAUCGAGACAUGCUUAUAGAGACA